CUUAAUAUAAUUUCUGUUUUUCAUAGGUGUACGAAAAAUACUGCGAACACAUUUCCUAGAUAAUUUCCUAUGUAUAACGAUACUCGUACACUAUAUCUUUUUACAAUUUCUAUUUCUAAUAAAUAAGGUGCAUCUAUUCACAAGGGAUUGAAUUUAAUUUAGAAUGCAUUUUGAAAACACGAGAAGUGAUAAGUACGCAGGCGUUCAUUCAACCACGGUAUUGAUUUGAAUGCGCAAUGCCAAAUAACGAUAGUUAGUCUCAUUCGGAAAUGCGGACGUUGUUUGUCGUGACUCGUUACGUUGUCCAGUAACUAGGCUAUUACUCUGCAAUCUAAUUCACGGUGAAGGAAAAGGUGUGCCAAGAGAAAAGAAUCGGAAAAAAUGGUUGGACCAAACGUUUCCUUGUGACUAACCGUUCCGGAAGGUGGAUCAACCUCUACACAGGGCGCAUCCUUCAGGACACCUUCCGAACACGAACGUGCAAAUACGGAACUCGCAACGCUUUGCAAGGUGUAUCCUGUGAGCCCUGUAACAGGGCCCGGCGCAGCGAGAUCCGUAUGGGAACUAAGUCCCGAUCCCGACAUGGUCGGGCAUCUACCGAAUACUCCAAUUUCUAGCACUGCUCAUCAGAGUCAUGGAUCAUCGAAGGGCACUGAAUUACAGACAAGGAAUGGUCCAGAUGACAAUAUUUAUGCAGAUGAACAUGCAUCGGGACAAACACCAUCCGAUGAAACUAAAAGAAUCUUUGAACUACUUAGAUCCGGUGAAAUUGGAGCUGUCGAUGAAUUAGUAGAGAAGAAUGGUUUGAGUGUAUUAAGUGCAAGAGAUGAAUGGGGAUAUACCCCUGCCCAUUGGGCUGCUUUGGAUGGAAACAUGGAAGUAAUGAGAUACUUAGUAGAAAGAAAUGGACCAGUCGACCUUUCUUGUCUUGGAACACAAGGACCUAGACCAAUACACUGGGCUUGUCGUAAAGGCCACAGUGCAAUAGUUCAAUUAUUAUUAAAAGCAGGAGUAGCUGUGAAUGCAGCAGACUUCAAGGGUUUAACACCUUUGAUGACUGCUUGUAUGUUUGGAAAAUUUGCAACAGCAGCAUUUUUAUUGGGAUCUGGUGCAUUGGGACAUUUAACAGAUAUAAAUGGCGAUACUGCUCUUCACUGGGCGGCAUACAAAGGCCACGCAGAGUUAAUAAGAUUACUUAUCUACAGUGGUGUAGAUUUACAAAAGCCAGAUUAUUUUGGCUCCACUCCGUUACAUUUAGCGUGCCUCUCCGGCAACGUUAGUUGCGUGAAGAUAUUAUGCGAAAAAAGUAAAAUUGAAUUGGAGCCACGUGACAAAAAUGGGAAAACACCAUUGCAAUUGGCAAAGAGUCACAGACAUUCAGAAAUUGUAAGGAUACUGCAGGCCGAACAAAAACGACGGGCAAGAUGGAUUCCACCCAUCAACGAACUUUGGGCGCUAUUAUUUGGUGGAGCUGGAAACAGUAAAGGUCCCAUACUGCUCUUUAUGAUAUCUGUUUUAUUAUGGGGAUAUCCAAUGUAUCUAUUAAAAUGCAUUCCACUAACAUGGAAUCUUCUACGCGGUAGUCAUUAUUGUUUUAUUUAUUGGAAUGUCGUUAUGUGGAUUUCUUGGAUUGUUGCGAACAGAAGGGAUCCCGGCUAUGUACCACAGAAUAGCGAGACUUAUUACAGGGCCAUUAAACAAAUUCCAUAUUUUGAUAAAUGGAAAAAGAGGAAUGUCUUACUAUCUCGAUUGUGUCACAGUUGUAGAUGUUUCAGACCUUUGAGGGCGAAGCACUGUAGAAUUUGCAAUAGAUGUGUUACAUAUUUUGACCAUCAUUGUCCAUUUAUAUACAACUGUGUUGGUUUAAGGAAUCGGAUGUGGUUUUUCCUUUUUGUUAUGUGUGUAGCAAUAAAUUGUUCCUUUACAAUUUAUUUUGCUUGCUACUGUAUGGCAAUUGAAGGAAUUCAAUUACUAUACGUAUUAGGUGUGCUAGAAGCUUUGGUGUUCUGUGGACUUGGGUGGAUUUUAACAUGCACUUCGGUAUUGCACGCGUGUAUGAAUUUAACUACAAACGAAAUGUUCAAUUAUAAACGAUAUUCAUAUUUAAGAGAUAAGAAGGGCAGAUACUUGAAUCCAUUCAGUAGAGGUCCUGUUCUCAAUUUUAUUGAAUUCUUCCUUUGUCCACCGAAUCAUCAAGCAAACGACCCCCAAAGUUAUCACAUACUUUCAGAGGAUAUCAUGUGAGAUCCUGUAAAUUGUGAUCACGAUUUUACAACGCCUUUGCACGCGUAGAAAAUGAGAAAUGUUAUUAAUUAUACAAUUCAUACUAUUUUUUGGACUAAUUACAACAUAUGUACCUGCACAUAAUCUACAUUGUUACUGCUGCUAAUAUUGUCACUUUUUAUCUAUAAUAUUAUUCAUGAAACAGUUUCAAUAAAUAAUUUAUUAACUUA